GCGCGCGAGAGUGCGAUCGUGGCUCUUGGUACGGCGCCGCUUUAGAACCGAAUUGUAAUACGGGCGCGAGACGACGAGACGACGUGUACUCGCAGCUCCUCGUACGGGGCUUCGGCUUACGUUUACCUCCGCGGUACCCGUCUGGGUCAGUGAGGCUCGCGCUUUCGACUCGCAAGCACAUCGUCUCCGCGGCUCCACCCCGUCGCACUCUCGCUUUCAUCAGACUCGCCGAGCAAGAAUUAGCCGGAGAAGUGUCGAGGGUGGUGGAUUCGUCGUUGUCGAACCUCCAAGCGCCUGCCCAGCCAUGUCGGGAGUGUCCAACGCAAAGCUAUGGGGCUCGAUGAUGGGCCUUGCAGCCGUCCUACUCGUCUGCCAUGCCCGGACGGACUUCACGGGCCUUACGGGUCCAUACUGCGCGACGCGCUACCGCGAGCGGGUCUGUUGCGCCGGUCGCCAGGACGACUGCAGCGUACCGAUCAUUGGAACCCUCUGCUACUGCGACGACUUCUGCAGGAACCGUACGAGAGACGAGGACUGCUGUCCGGACUACGCGUCCUUCUGCCAAGGCAUCGAGGAGCCCGCGCCCAACGAGAAUCGAGAUUGUGUACACAAUGGCAAAGUAUAUUAUUAUGGGAAUAAAUUUAAAAACAACUGUAAUAAUUGCAAGUGCUCACUACUGGAUGACAAACCCGCAGUUCUUUGCGAAGAAAAUCGCUGUUUAAUGGAACAAGAAGUUAUCGAUAGCAUAAAUCUCCAAAAUUCCGGAUGGAUGGCGAGAAAUUAUUCUGAAUUCUGGGGUCGCACACUUAACGAAGGAUUAAAGCUUAGGCUCGGAACAUUAAAUCCCUCACAAUCGGUUUAUAGGAUGAACUCCGUGAGAAGAAUUUACAAUCCCGACGAGUUGCCCGUAGCAUUCGACUGCAGGAUAAGGUGGUCGAGCGAUAUAACCCCGGUGCACGAUCAAGGAUGGUGCGCGGCUUCCUGGGCUAUUUCCACCGUCGACGUUGCGUCCGACAGAUUUGCAAUAAUGAGCAAGGGAGUCGAGAAAGUUCAAUUGAGCGCGCAACACUUGAUAUCGUGCAAUAAUAGGGGUCAGUUGGCUUGUAACGGCGGUUAUCUCGACAGAGCUUGGCUUUUCAUGAGAAAAUUCGGAUUGACCGAUGAUGAAUGCUAUCCUUGGUUGGGUAAAAAUGACAAAUGUAGGAUUUUGCGGAAAGGAAAGUUAACGGAUUUCGGCUGCAAAAAGCGUAAUUCGUAUAGUUUAAGAAAUGAACCUUAUAAAGUAGGACCGGCUUAUCGCCUCGGUAACGAGACUGAUAUUAUGCAAGAAAUCAUAACGUCGGGACCAGUUCAAGCAACGAUGCGAGUUUAUCAGGACUUUUUCAAUUACGAAUCGGGAAUUUACGUUCAUUCUCCCCUCUUUGAAUGUUAUCAAAGUGGAUAUCAUUCUGUAAGAAUUAUUGGUUGGGGUGAACAACCUUCGCCAAUUAAUGGUAAACCUAUCAAGUUUUGGCGUAUUGCAAAUUCUUGGGGAAGAGAAUGGGGCGAGGACGGCUUCUUUAGGAUUCUUCGAGGUACAAACGAAUGUGAAAUCGAAUCUUUCGUUCUUGGUAUCUGGGCAAAGACAGUUUGAAAAUGACAGCUUUUGUAUAGAAAGAAUCAAGCUGCAUUUAUUUCAAUGACACUCGUUACAAUUCCCGUUAUAGAUUUUUGUUCUGCAAUGAAAGCGGCAUCUUUCUUUAAAGAUAGCUUAUACGACAUACAAUUAUUUAUAUAAUAUCAUUAGGAUUAUUUUUUAAAUUAUU